GGGUCUGCAGGGUAACCGGUAACUUGUUUGUACUCUGCUGUCUGCAUGUCUUGCAGGUUAGGGACUUAAGUUGGCAAAACCACGUUCCGGUGUCAACAGUGAACAGGUAAAGCGUAAACACAAAACCUUUGUCUCACUGUCUCACAAAAAAAUCACAAGUGUUGGAUUCUGGGGCUGAAGAAGUGUUUUCAUAACCUAUUGACUUAAUAGUCAAAUUAUUUUGUGUAAUGAGUUAUUCAUAGAAUUUAUAUAUAAUAUAAAUUUAUGAAGAAAGUCGAUACGAAACGAUAAUUCAUAAUUCGUAUGAAACGCAUAGUCGGAGUAAUUUCAUUUUAAAGUUGUCUUGGAAAAUCAAUAACUUAGUGAUCAACUUCGAUCUGUGUUUCAUUAUUAAUUGAGCUCCUGAGACAACAUUUUCUUCAAAUUUUUAAGAUGAUGGAUAAUUUAGAAACAUCUUUACCUAAAGCGGCUGUAGAAGUGAAAAUAACAAACAUUCUCAAUCCUUACUAUAUCAGAUUAUAUGAAGUUCAGCAUUUCAACUCUCAAAAACAAAAACUUUCUAUACAACUACAAAAGCAGCUCAAUUUAAUUAAAAAAUCAGCACCAAGUGCUGAACAUACAAAAAAGCCUUUGGUGGGUGAUGAUAUCUUGAUCUCACAUGAUAGUAAUGAAGAUUUACCUGCAUGGAUAUGUAGAGGUAAAGUUCUUGAUAUUGAAUCAGGCAAAGCAACAAUUUUUUUGAUUGACUUUGGUCAUUCAAUAAAAGCUUCAUUAGAGUCAGUUAUCAAAUACUCACCAAAUUCUAUACCCAUACAACCUUUAACUACUACAGUCUCCUUGGACAACAUUUUACCAAUCGACUCUGCUGGAAAUUUGCUUAAAGUAUGGAAUAAAUCUACAAUAGAUUCAAUCAAAUAUUAUACUUUGAAUUCUAAAAAAGUAUUUUUCAAAACCACAUCUUAUGAUAUCAAAACAAAAAAGAAAUUUGGAGAAAUAUAUUUACUCAUAGCUGAAAAAUAUUAUCAGUUGACAAAGAUUUUGGUUAAAAGUUGUUUAGCAACAAUUUUGAAUGAUAAGUUAUUGAAAGCUAUCAUAAAUAAUGAAAGAAAGGAUCAAAUUAUUUUAUUGAAUGACGCUCCAGAAAUAAUUAAAAAUAAAAGUAAAUCUGAUAAAAGUUUCCUGAAUGAAAUAAAACAACUUUCCUCUGCAACACCUAGUGCUUCAAAUACUAUUAGUUUAACUAAGAAAAAACUAGUUUAUGAUAAAGUGUUAGUCAAAAGUAAUUAUGAUUGUACUCCACUAAAUGAUAUUUCAGAUGCAAGAUUUACCUCAUCCAUACAUAAGGCACUGAAAUGUCAAGGUGUAUGGCAGCCAAAACAAAUCCAAAGUUACAUUUGGCCAGCUUUUAAAAAAAAACUUGAUAUUGUAGCAAUUGAUGCUAAAUCUGCAGGUAAAACUGUCAGUUAUAUUGUAGGAAUAGCAAACUAUCUAUCUGAAAAUGAAAUUGCUAUCAUGAAAAAAGCAAAAGCAUCAUUAGAAACCAAACCAAUAGCAUUGAUUCUAUGCAAAUCUGUUAAUCAAUGCUUGGAUGUUGCUAAAAAGAUUUCAACCCUUCUAGAAUGUACUAAAUGUCGAGUUUUUGGGGCAGCCAAUAGUAUAACAAACAAAGAAAUUAUGGUGGAAAUUUGUAACAAAUUUCAAGUUAUGGUCGCCACUCCACCAUUGUUGCUUAAAAUUCUAGAAAAUUUUUCAAAUAAACUUGACGUCUCUGAAUUAUCUUUUUUAGUUUUAGAUGAAGCAGAUAUAAUUUUGGACAAAUAUUUGAGUCAAGUAUUGCUUUUAAUUCAAAAAUAUAAAAUUAUUUUCAAAAAUAAAAGUGUCAUUGAAAGUGAGACUACACAAGUUAUAUGUGUUUCAAGAACUUGGACACUUCAAAUUGGUGAUUUUAUACAUAAAUUUAUGGUAUCUCCUUAUAUUUGUAUUGGAUCUUACAUAGAAGCAGCUUCUUUUUCAAGAGUUCAAGGAAGAAUGUUGAUAAGACUUUCUAGUAAAAAAAAUGAAGAAGUUCUAAAAGUUUUAAGUAAUUAUCGAGAGGUCAAAACUAUGAUUGUUUGUACCCACAAUCAAGAAGCUAUCGAUUUAGAUCAUUAUUUUAGAUCAGAGUCAGUUGAAACACUUUUGAUUCAUAAUAACAUGCUAGCUACUACAAUUAAUCAAGCUAGAGAAGCUUGGCAUCAUUUUUUACCUGGAAUGUACCCAGUUAUAAUAUGUACUGAUGAUGUCCUGACAGAUUUGCAUAUUUGGAGCAUUGAAUAUUUGAUACAUUAUUCUCUCACAGAUUCAUCAAAAACUCAGUUUAACAGGCGAUUUUGUGUAUUUAUGGAUAAUUGGGAGCGUGACAAAAAAAUUAAUUGUAAAAAUUUGAUUUUAUUUGAUGAGACUAAAGAAUAUGUUCAUUUUAAAGGAAUGGUCGCUAUUUUAAAACGAUUAAAUGUUGAGUUACCUAAAGAUUGGGAUAAAAUAGCAGAAGGCUUAGAUUUAAAAGGUAAUAUGAAAAUUAAGAACCAUCCAUUGUGUGUCAAAACAAAAUCUUUUGGCAGCUGUAAUUUAGAUACUUGCUCAUAUAGACAUAGAGUUAUUUCAGAGGUUGAUACUCCAAUUCUCAACAUCAACAUAGGAGAUGAGCUAAAAAUUCAUAUUACACAUAUUUUUAGUGCUUCUCACUUCGCAGCUCGCAUACUUGAAUGCAUUACUAAGUGUAAAUCUACUGGCAAAAGACAAAUCAUACCAUUAUCAUACAAUAUUUUUAAAAUCAACAAAGAAUUAAAAAAGUAUUACGAUUCACUUGAAAAUAAGAGAUCUGUUGAAAAUGUUGAUAUUGGCCAAUUUUACUUAUGGAAAGAUCGCUCUAACAACUUGAUUCGUCUUCAAGUACUAUUGAUUGUAGAAAAAGUACCAGAAACAAAGAAGCCAAAAUACAUCAGAGCUAGAAAUAUAGAUAAUGGAAAAAUAAUUGAAAAAAUUAGUGCUCAUGAGCUUGUGGAUAUCCCAGAGAAUCUUUUAAAAGAAGAAACACCAAUUAUCGAUAUAUUUUUGACUUCAAUUUCACAUCAUGAAGAUGAAAGUGAUUGGACAGAUUUGGCUAAAGAUUACACAAAAAGUUGGAUUAAAAACAAUACAAGUGAACAAUUAUCUCUCCAUGCACAAGUUGAAUUACAAAUUGGCUAUAGCAUUUUCACCAAAACUUUAAUACCUCGUCAAAAAGUUAAAGGUUUUCAAGAUUUAUCUGGGGAAUCUUUAGCAGCUGCUUUGCUGAAGGAAAAUCAUGGGAUUUCUAAUAAUAAAAAUUUGCCUAAUCUUUUGAAAUUAUGUCAGAAAGCAGGAUUUAAGGACUUAAAUUAUGGAUCAACAAAGCCACAUUGUGAUUCUGUUGAAGAAAUUGAAACCUAAUAAUUACAAUUUUUGAAAAUUUUAUAAAUGAAGUUGUGAAAUUAUCUUUUUAUUUGAAAAAUAUCACUUUUAAUUUUGUUUUUAAAAUUAUCAAUGUAUGUGCUAAGAAUAAGUAAAAUGAAGAACUAAGAUUUUUUUAGAAAAUGUUUUAAUUUACAAUGAACGUUUUUUUCUAACUUUAUAGUUUUUAAAAAUUU